AUGGCGGCGCUCAGCAAGUCCAUCCCUCACAACUGCUACGAGAUCGGCCACACUUGGCAGCCGUCCUGCUGGCUCUCCUUCCUGCACAUCACCAGGGGCGCCCUGGAGGAGUCCCUGAGGAUCUAUGCCCCCCUGUACUUGAUUGCUGCAAUUCUCCGGAAACGAAAAUUAGACUAUUAUUUACACAAACUGCUCCCUGAGAUCCUACAGUCUGCUUCAUUUCUGACUGCUAAUGGGGCCUUAUUUAUGGCUUUCUUUUGCAUUUUAAGGAAGAUACUUGGAAAAUUCUACUUAUGGAGUCCCGGCUUUGGUGCCGCUUUGCCAGCAUCUUAUGUGGCCAUUCUAGUUGAGAGAAAAAGCAGGAGAGGGCUGCUCACAAUUUAUAUGGCCAACUUGGCCACAGAAACACUAUUUAGAAUGGGUGUAGCAAGAGGAGUCAUCACAACAUUAAGAAAUGGAGAAGUCCUUUUGUUCUGCAUCACAGCUGCCAUGUACAUGUUCUUUUUCAGGUGCAAAGAUGGUUUGAAAGGAUUUACAUUCUCUGCACUUAGGUUCAUUGUUGGGAAGGAAGAAAUUCCCACACAUUCUUAUUCACCAGAGGCAGCCUAUGCAAAAGUGGAACAAAAGACUGAGAAACAGGAGGGAAAACCAAGAGGAAUGAAUAUAGUUGCUCUAGUCAGGAAGCUUGUGGAUUCAAUAUGUAAGCAUGGACCAAGGCAUAGAUGUUGCAAACACUAUGAGGAUAAUUGCAUCUCUUAUUGCAUUAAAGGUUUCAUCAGAAUGUUCAGCGUGGGAUACUUGAUCCAAUGCUGCCUCCGAAUACCCUCUGCAUUUAGGCAUCUAUUUACACAGCCAUCCCGGCUACUCUCUCUCUUCUACAAUAAAGAAAACUUCCAGCUCGGAGCUUUUCUGGGCUCUUUUGUUAGCAUAUACAAGGGUACUAGUUGCUUCCUGCGCUGGGUCAGAAAUCUGGAUGACGAACUGCAUGCCAUUAUAGCUGGAUUUUUGGCAGGAGUAUCAAUGAUGUUUUAUAAAAGCACAACAAUUUCCAUGUAUUUAGCUUCCAAAUUGGUAGAGACAAUGUAUUUCAAAGGCAUUGAAGCAGGAAAGGUGCCCUAUUUUCCCCAUGCAGACACUAUCAUCUAUUCCAUCUCUACAGCAAUUUGCUUCCAGGCAGCUGUCAUGGAAGUUCAGACCUUACGACCGUCUUACUGGAAGUUCCUUUUAAGACUCACCAAGGGCAGGUUUGCUGUCAUGAACCGGAAAGUCCUUGAUGUUUUCGGUACCGGUGCGUCUAAAAACUUCCCGGACUUCAUCCCUAGGUUGGAUCCAAGAUACACAGUUGUAACGCCAGAGAUGCCCAUCGAGUUUUCUUGA